UGAGCUCGAUUCAGGAGAAUUUUGUACCGGGAGCCGCGCGUGCGCAAAGGGAAAGCGGAAUCUACACCUUCCCGGCCAGCGGUAGCAACUGCAGAACUGCAGGAGACAAUCUUACUAGACAAGGCAGUUGAGGAGGGAGCGACUGGAGGGGGGGUUGGCCUGGCGUGCACUCCGCACCUCGGGAGCGUUAUUGCGCGUGGAUCGGCUGUUUUUGGAAGACUAUUGCCCAGAAGAAAAGAUGUUUGGUUUUCACAAGCCAAAGAUGUACCGAAGUAUAGAAGGCUGCUGUAUUUGCAGAGCCAAGUCCUCCAGUUCUCGAUUCACUGACAGCAAACGCUAUGAGAAGGACUUCCAGAGCUGUUUUGGGUUGCAUGAGACUCGUUCAGGAGACAUCUGUAAUGCCUGUGUCCUGCUUGUGAAGCGAUGGAAGAAAUUGCCAGCAGGAUCAAAAAAAAACUGGAAUCAUGUGGUAGAUGCACGGGCAGGACCCAGUCUAAAGACUACAUUGAAACCAAAGAAAGUGAAAACUCUAUCUGGAAACAGGAUAAAAAGCAACCAGAUCAGCAAACUGCAGAAGGAAUUUAAACGUCACAAUUCUGAUGCUCACAGUACCACCUCAAGUGCCUCCCCAGCUCAAUCUCCUUGUUACAGUAACCAGUCAGAUGACGGCUCAGACAUGGAGAUGGCUUCGGGCUCUAACAGAACGCCAGUUUUUUCCUUUUUAGAUCUCACAUACUGGAAAAGACAGAAAAUAUGUUGUGGGAUUAUCUAUAAAGGCCGUUUUGGGGAAGUCCUCAUUGACACGCAUCUAUUCAAGCCUUGCUGCAGCAACAAGAAAGCGGCCGCUGAGAAGCCGGAGGAGCAGGGGCCGGAGCCUCUGCCCAUCUCCACUCAGGAGUGGUGACUGAGGUUUAUGUAGAAGGGGAACAAAAAAACAAUUUAAAGUUUAGAAAAAAACACACCACACCACAGCAACAAAAUGACCCUCCUAUUUUUAACCUGGAUACCUGCUAUUCUGCCAAAAGACAAUUUCUAGAAUAGUUCUGAAUGGGUUAUUUUCCCUUCACUUCCACACAAGCUCUGAAGCCAGUGUCUAGCGUACUAAGAGAAAAAAAGACGUGUACAUACUAUUUAAGAGGCUGAGUAUUUCAUAGGAAAGCUGAAUGCUGCUGUAAAGUGCUCUUUAAGUCUUUUUCUUUUACAUCCCCUUCUGAUGAAUGAAACUAGGGGAAUUUCAGGGGACAGAGAUGGGAUUUGUUGUAUGAUAAACGUAAGUAGUUCUUAGUCUUUCUAUAUUGAGAAGCAGUGGUUGGGGCAUUUUUAAAGAUGGCUGACUACACUCGUUUCCUUCAUGGUGAUAAAUCUGUCAUAAAUCAGCAACCUGGACUUGCCCCUCGAGGUAGUUGUUAAUACUUUUGAAAUAGUAAGGUCUUGCCAAGGUUCUGAUGAUUCAAACCUGUACUACUGAAUAUUAAGCAGGACAGAAUAGGCCCUCGGGUGCAAAUACCUUGAAAGGAGUACUCUCUAAAUAUGCAGAGAGGGAACUGGGCUGUAUAUGUUGUAUCCCGUGUCACCUCCCUCACAUUGAUAUUUGAUGAAGAUUUUAAUUUGUGUAAAACUUCUAAAGCAGAAUCAAAGCUCCUCGUGGGGAAACGGCAAGUCUUCAGGAUAAGCAAUCUUCUAUGAAUAGUACCAAAGCUUUAUCAAAUGGUAGAGAACACACUCUAUUAAAAAUGUUAAAUUAUCUGAAAAAUAAAGUGCGCAAGCCCUCAGGAUGGCGUAAAAAUAGCAAAGGUUAGUGCUUCUUGGGGCACAUUUCUCAGAGGGCUUGCCGAGUGUGUAAAUAAUUGACUUUUGUUUGUGUUCCACGACUGGUGACUUCAUUGAAAAUCUACACAAUUCAGUUUUAGCUCUGGAUUACUUCAGUUGACCUUUGUGAAGGUUUUAUCUGUGUAGAGUGGUUGUUCAACUUGUUUUAACCUUUCACGGUUUUGGGUAUUUUUUUCUUCACUAUAUUAAAGUAAAAUUCUAAUAAAAGAGGUGUGUUAACGCAGAGUGGGCUGGUUUUGGUUUGGCAUCAUUUAGUCAGGCUUUCUGAACAUUGAGAUGUUAGAUGAUAAAUUCUGAACGCGGGACCCUUCAGUUCUAAAAUCUUUAUGAAAAGCCUGUUACUUGAACCGGAACCGAAGUACUCUCAUUGCCUCUUUUCUACAAGUUCAGGAAGAAUGUUGCCAGUUCACACUUUUCAUAACGAGGGAGGAUCAUUUGCCUACCUUAUAAUGAAAUGACAGUGCUUAUUUUUAAAGCCGGAUUUUAAAAAUUGGAUAGUAUGAAUAACAGUAAGGAGUGAGCCACUUUUUAUGGGCACCCUGUAGUUUUAUAGUUCUUAAUCUAAAGUUAAAGUUUUAUAUUCUUUUGGAAGAAACUACAAGCCACCAAAUGUACAGGCUACACAGUGGGUUGGGGCGGCUCUCCCACCGCCUUUAAGGUGUAUCGCAAAUCUCGGCCAUUCUCAUCUGCCUCCUGAGUUAUUUUGAAAUGGUUCCCUUUUUUUUUGUACAUUUUGGCUACAGUAUUGGUGGUAGAAUAUACUAUAAUAUGGAUCAUCUCUACUUCUGUAUUUAUUUAUUUAUUACUAGCCCUCAACCACAGUCUUCUUUUCCCCUUCCACCUCUCUCUGCCUGUAGGAUGUACUGUAUGUAGUCAUGCACUUUGUAUUAAUAUAUUAGAAAUCUACAAAUCUGUUUUGUACUUUUUAUACUGUUGGAUACUUAUAAUCAAAACUUUUACUAGGUUAUUGAAUAAAUUUAGUCUUAUUAGAAAAUAAAA